AUGUCUCAUUUUGAUGAUUUGAGAGGUUCCACUAUAAAAGAUGACGACGAGGAGGCGGAGGAGGAGGAGGAGGAGGGCAGGAGGAAGAUACAAAAUGGGAAGCAAGGGAGAGCCAGACAGACCAGACCGCGCGGUGGACAACGGAACCAAGCUGACAGUGAAAGUGAAGAAGAUGUGGAGGAGGACGAGUCUGUGAGAAGGAAGAGCAAGCGGACAAAUCGCAAAGAUUAUCGGGAGCAGGACAGCGACAAUGAGAGGGACAGCAGGAGAACUGGAUUGAGGCGGACUGUACGAGGUGUGACUGGUGACAAGGAGGCCAGCAGUGACGAGGACUCGGGCGUCCAGCGACAUUCCAAGAGGCUCAAACGCUCAUGAAGACCAGGGUGCUUUUUUGUGUUCUUUGUAUUCAUUUUCGUACCCCCUCCUUAUUAAUUGGAAGGCGAAACGGGCAGCCCCGUACCCACUGCAUAUCGGACAGAACCUUUGCUCACCCCGAUGUAGAUGUUUGUUUAUUUUACUUUUUGGAAGUUUUUAUGUUAAUAUCGGAGAAAACUGAUUUAUAUUUGUAAGUUGAUUAAUAAUGGUGACACUUGGUUUUUCAACCUGAAGAUUUGCAUUGAAAAAGAGAUGUCAUCUCCUUGAGCUCUUAAGACUUUUUUCAUUUGAUAUGGCCUAAAAAACACACAAAAAAAAACAAAAACACUUUUUUGGUAAUUGGGUUGCAGACACCCCCAAGCCAUGUCUCAUUUUGAUGAUUUGAGAGGUUCCACUAUAAAAGUUGACCUGUAAAUGUUAUAAAGUGAUUCAGAAUGAAACCGAUCCUUUUGCGUAGACCUUCAUGCAGCCUUAACCAGUGACCAUCCAGAACUAGGCUCUUUCAGUGAAACUGACCUUAUGUGUUUUCUGUGAGCGGUUUAAUUGGCACUAAACCCCCAUGGUGGUAUGGCAUUGAACUAAAAGUCUUUAUUUUUGAAUGUGCCACCAGAUUUUUCUUUUCUUUAGUCGUUUAUUAUUUUGGCUGUUUUACAAUAAAAGCUGUCAUCCCUAAGUUUGGUUAAACAACUUCUGUUUUUGAAAAGCAGGAGAUCAUCACUGAUCCUGUUUAUUGGCAUCUGAUGAUUCCUGUAAAACCUCAUGCUGCUCUUAUUCCCUGGAAACCAAUAGGUGGCACUCUACUACAGUGGUCUUCGAAAGAAAAGCUCCCCUUGGUGUAAAACUGACAUUUGAAUGUUUAUAUCCCCACUAAAGACCUUUGCGGUGAUAAAUUGAACCUGAAAUCAAGAUGGUUAAGUCAGAUGUGAAUCUUGUUUUUGAAAACACUCAAGUGAAAUUCUAGGAUCUAAUGGGCACAAAUUGCUUUAAUGCAUCCACGUGUGAGUGUAUAAUCCAUUCAUCAAAAAUACCAUAACUGUCUUUCCUUUUUUAUAUUAAUAUGUAAAUAAUAAGCUUUGACUAUAUUUUGGUUUUUGAUCGUAGCCACGGAAGCCUCAGUUUAAGAUGUUUGUCCACAGCAGAUGUGCUGCUCAGGGCUUUAUUAACUCAUUUUUAGUGGAGGUUUAUGCUUUUUUUCCAAGAUUUGUCAUGGUCUCUAAUACCCUCCUGUUUCUCUCACCUGAACCAUAAAAAUCUUAAUAGAUCGUCAUAGUUGGGCUUCGUUUCAAAACCUAAACACGUGAAGGAAUUACAGGUGUCCUUGGAAGGCUAUUUCAGUGAUUUUGCUAAGAUACAUAAUUCUUGCUGAGGUUACUGCAUAUUUUGUCAAAUCCAAACCCAGAAUUCAUCUCAGUGGACUAAAAAGAAAAAAACGGAAUAAAAAUGGUGGAUGAGUCAAGCGAAAUGUUGAUUAUAAAGUUAAAGUCGUGAUGAACCUGAAGUAUCGACAGAUUUUUUUAUUUCGUAUUGUGAUGUACACUCGACUGUAACAGAUUUUUGAUUAAAAAAAAAAAUUGCAAUCAAAAAUGGAGGCAAAUAAAUGAGAGCCUGUUUAAGCAGACUGAAUGAUUGGAAAAGUCUGUUUUACCGUAAGUUUGAGUUCUAUUUUGAUUAAAAAUGUUGUGGUU